UUGCACUCAGCCUGAGCCAGGGGGAGGCCUGGCGGUCCGGGUGGCUGGAGGGGCUUCGCUGCCCGAGAAUGGGAAUUCUCUUCACCAGGAUAUGGAGACUGUUCAAUCACCAGGAACACAAAGCUAUCAUUGUUGGGUUGGAUAAUGCAGGGAAAACUACCAUCCUUUACCAAUUUUCUACAAAUGAAGUUGUACAUACAUCCCCUACAACAGGAAGUAAUGUAGAAGAGAUAAUGAUUAAUAAUACAUGUUUCCUGAUGUGGGAUAUUGGUGGCCAAGAAUCUCUUCGCUCUUCCUGGAAUACUUACUAUACUAAUACAGAGUUUGUAAUAGUUGUUGUGGACAGUACAGACAGAGAAAGGAUUUCUGUAACUAGAGAAGAACUCUACAAAAUGUUAGCUCAUGAGGACCAAAGGAAAGCUGGAUUGCUGAUUUUUGCUAAUAAACAAGAUGUUAAAGAAUGCAUGACUGUAGCAGAAAUCUCCCAGUUCUUGAAGCUCACUUCGAUUAAAGAUCACCAGUGGCAUAUCCAGGCAUGCUGUGCUCUUACUGGCGAGGGACUAUGCCAAAGGCUUGAAUGGAUGAUGUCACGAUUUAAGAUUAGAUGAUCUCUACUGAUCUCUUCUCAUAGACUUUGUAAAAGCAAAGUGCUGGACUUUACCUGAAAGCUGCAAAAAUUAAUGGUUUAGAUAUAUUUACAAUAAACUGAUUUAAACUUUUUCUAAAGAAGAAAAAUUAAGACCACUUAUUUGAAAACAAGGAUGAAGUUUCACCUUCCAAUUUGCUUUCUCAUUAGUUCCUUCCAAAGUAUGUUAUUAAAGCUGUGAUCAAUAUUUUUCUCAUAAUAAAUCC